CCGCCCUCCCUCCCUCUCGGCCUGCCCUUUUCCCUCCCGACCACCAACACCAUGGGUCCCCUCGCCAUGUCGGUUCGUCGCGCCGCCGCUCUGGUCCUCCUGGCUGUCUGCCUGCUGCGCACGGCGGCCGCCCUGGAAUUCAGCGCCGGCGGGAUCUCCAUCUCCUUCGGGGAGAACACGGCCGAGCGCAAGCGCCGCGGCUGCAGCCCGGAGGCCCAGCGCGCCCGGAAUGAGCUGAUGUCCUCGCCGGCGUGCGAUGGGACCUUCGGGGCCAAUGGCUCCGGGGGCCUCGGGGCCGCCCUCAAGGCCACGGACAUGGCCCGCGCCUGCAGCAAGCCCUGCACCCUGGCCCAGUACGACACCUGGAACUGCCAGGUGGCCAGUGGCAUGAUCCCCCGGGCCACCUGCGCCGCCUACAUGACCACCCUGCGUGGCGGGUGCUCGGUGCUGGAUCACAACUCCUUCGGGGCCCAGGUCCCGACCGCCACGCAGGCGGCCCAGGCCGGCGGCGGCCCCUUCGAUUGCAAUGCCGCGGCUCCGGGUACCCGGGCCGGGCGCAACUCCGCCCUCCUGGUGGCCGGCGCCGCCAGCGUGGCCGCCCUGCUGGUGUCGCUGCUGUGAGCCCCGGCGCAUGUGUGCGCACGUCCCCCAUUCGAGAAGAAGCCCCCCUGCCCAUCAGCGCGUGUGUGUGCGGGCCUCUGUUUUUGUUCGGCUUGUAUGUUUCCCCCCUCCGCCGCGCUCGGCUCCUCACGCGGAGGGACGAGCGGGUGGCCCCUUUUGGCAGCUAUGUCUCUUUCCAAUAUGUUACCUUCGGUCC